GUGAGAAGAAACAGUGACGACUGUUCUUAUCACACGUAUGUGUCUCGCGCAGUGUCGUUUAACAUCCGACGCUUUGUAAUUUUUGUUCAGAACUGUGUAUUUGUGGUUGGUGUCUAUUUCGAUAGAAAUCUAGCUUUAGCGCGUGUGUGACGACCGUGUUAACGGAAUUGACGGCUGAGAUAUCUCUGUUUAAGUUUCAACGAUGACAAUAACUAGACUUGCAAGUUUCUUAGUUACUGAUAUUCUCGUUUAUAAUAGUUAUAAAAUAACGGUUAAAGUAUCUAAUUUCCUAAAGAUGGGUUUGAAGACAUGUGGCGUCUGCUUUUUGCAGCAGACAAGAACAUAAAGCUCCGUGUUUGUCAUGACCCAGUUCACAAUUUUAAGUAAGCACAAAUCCGGAAAACAGAGGGUGUGACCAGAGUGUAUCUCUCUGGUGUGAUCACACAUAGCUGCCAACCACAGUCUGUGCUAUCGACUAUAGACAUCCUGCUCAAGUGUUGUCGGUCGUGAGUCAAGCAUGCACUUGUGACAUUUUGGGAAGAGACUUUCAUUGGUCCUGCCAUGAUCGCUUCCUCAUCAGCUUAGAAGGAUUAGUAGAUACCAUUUGACGUUUUUGAAUCUUGUACAACGUUAACACAUUCCUUUCUAGGGUUUUGAGCGAGAGAAAAAUCAGUUACUGACGUUGGAAGGGACAGCCCUUGACGUCAGCAUGGCCUGCCGUCAGACGUUUCACCUGCUGGUCAGCCUCAGCCUCCUGGCGUCCACCCAAGCGUUGAUAGGCGACGGCUGCAUAGCAAUUCCUUCUAUAGUGAAGAACCUGCACAGAUCCGACUCGUCCACCAAGCUCCAUACCGCAACCUGCAGCCCGCUUGGCGCCUGUUCAAGGCGUUCACCUGGCGAUCGAAGGUCCCGACACGGUUCGCGUCACAUGGGAGAAUCCGGCUUCGCCAUCCUCGGUACCCUUCAACCCUCAAUGCGUUUACGGCCCGUCGCCCUCAAAUCUGAGCCUCAUUGCUGUGGGAUCGAGCUACAGCUACACAGCGGGAAUGUUCGCGAAAACGUUGAACUCUGCGGUCCUGGAUCUGAUCCAGAUACCUUGUGGACAGUCAGCGAACUCUCCUUGUGUCCGGACACUGUGGUACAGCUGCGGGGACAAAGCGUUUGGUUGGAGCCAAGCUUUUGAGCUUCAGAAGCAAGAUGCCACAGUGCCGGCCUCUCCCGGGCCCCAGAUCGCUGUGGUGGGAGACAUGGGAGUACCGCACGGCCUCUCCACCAUUGCCGCCAUCGCCAAGCGCAUGACAUCCACAAUGCCGUAGAUGCAGGGGUGCAGCUGCUGCUUCACGCAGGGGACAUUUCCUAUGCGGAUCACUACGAGAGAAAGACGGACAACAACAGCUGGGUGUGGGAAGACUACAUGGAGAGCCUGCAACUGGUUGCAGCUCGAGUGCCUUACAUGACAUCACCUGGCAACCACGAGGGACAGUUCAACUUCGCGGCAUACCUGAACUGGUUACCGAUGCCUGUUCGACAAAGCGGCUCGGAUUCACCUUUUUGGUUCUCCUUCGACUAUUUAGGGGUGCACGUGCUGGCUUUCUCCACAGAGCAUGACUUCAGCCCCAACUCCACACAGCAUCGCUGGAUUGUGCAGGACCUGGCGAAGGCCAAUCAGAAUCGAGAGCGCGUACCCUGGGUGGUGGUGAUGGGUCACAGGCCCCUGUACUGUAGUAGCAUCGUCUGCUGGGAGAGGUGUCAGGAUGAAGCCCCUCGCUACCGCAGCUACCUGGAGGACGUGCUGAACCAGCAGCGUGUGGACGUGGUGAUCGCUGGACACAAUCACCAGUAUGAACGCUCCUAUCCUGUUUACCAAGAGAAAGCCACUCAGAAAAACUACACCAAUCCCCAGGCGCCUGUCUACAUCGUCAAUGGAGCAGCAGGUAACCCGGAAUUCAACGACCCUACCUUCAUGCCGGAUGUGGAGUGGCGGGCCAACUACCAAGUGACUAUGAGCACGGGCUUCUUGCUGAUGACACCAUCGGCCACUCAGCUGAACUUCGCUUACGUUAUGAGCGAUAAAAACGACAUCGUCGACUCUUUCGUCAUCGUGAGGGACAGGGCUUGGAAAAACCACCAGCAAAACUCCAGUACUUGAGUCAAGCAAGCAGUACGGAGAUUCUGCCCUCUUUUUUUGUUCUGACUAAUCCAGAGGGUUUGAAUUAUGUGCAAUUUUAAGGCAUAGAAAGAGAGCUAAAAUUUUUUAAAUAAGUUUAUUUAAAUAAGUUAAAUAAUUUUUUUAAAUAAGUUCUCUUAAAAAAAUGAGAGCAGGUCGAAAUUAAAUCCUGAGAAAAAUUUAAUAAACUUUAAAAGUGAUUACUUUAUAAAAGAAAAGUACCUGUGAGAAUUUGCGACGAUGGAAACUGUUAUAGUAGGUGAGAAAAGAGUGAGCACAAGAUGGCAAACACAUGAUGUAUGCUCUUCUUAGGCGCACACGUACAUCGAGGAGUGAACGCAUGACUACCACACCUAUCCUCAAGCACAGCCCUUGUUUAGAUAAAUUGUAAAUUAAAUUGUACAUAAACACGCGUGUGUGUGUAGAAAGGAGUGGAGAGGACGUGCUGAUGGCUUGGACAAUAAUCGUCCAUCAUGCAGAUCAAAGACGAUAUGCAUAUGAAAUCUUCAAAAAAUUUCAAAAAAGUUUUUAUAUCUUUUUAAGUUAAACAACUGAUUUAAUUGCUUUCUUUUCAUGCUUAGAUGAUAUUAUGUGCCAUUGUGUUUUAAGCGUGUGUAAAAAUCAUAAAUAAAAAAA